AUGACGAGGAAUCCCCCUGCUCUACGCAAAGCAACUUCGAAUGCUGAUCUGUACUCUGACCCGUCACCGCCUCGCCCGUUGCGACCCUCGUCCUCGGUAAUACUUCCACGCGCGCAUACCACCGCGUCUCUUCCAUACAUGCAACGCCCAGACAGGGGAAGUGCCGCAAGAGUUUGGAGAACCCGAGAAGGUAACUCUGAUCUGAGCCACCGUCAUAGUGUAGCAGCAUCAUACCCCGACUUGAUUCGUGCCUACGACGACGACUACCCGCCCCCAGCAAGGCAGCAGAACCCUCCACCUGUACCCCCCAAGAUUCCCGAAGUACCUAGUGAGCAGCCUGAGAAGGAAAUGGAGGCUUCUAAGACUGUACCCUCCCACUGCUGGAUCCCGGUUCCUUCGCGUACCAAAGAGGACCCAGCAAGCUACACGAAGCCCUUCACCGAUUACAUGACCAACAACCCUACCAUUUUCCACGCCGUCGAUGCUGUCGCAAAGGACCUUGAGAAGGAUGGCUACAAGAAGCUGUCUGAACGGGAUGCAUGGGAGCUGAAGGCUGGAGGAAAAUACUACGUCGAGCGCAAUGGCACCUCGUUGAUUGCUUUUGCUGUUGGUGACAAAUACGCGUCCGGCAAUGGUGCAGCAAUCGUUGCAGGACACAUUGAUGCUUUGACCGCAAAGCUCAAGCCCAUCCCUAAGCUGCGCACCAAGGCUGGCUACGUGCAGCUUGGUGUAGCGCCAUACGCUGGUGCGCUCAGUGAUACCUGGUGGGACCGCGAUCUUGGUAUUGGCGGCAGGGUGCUCGUCAAGGAGAAUGGCAAGAUUGUCACCAAGCUUGUCAAGCUGGACUGGCCCAUUGCGAAGAUUCCGACUUUGGCACCGCAUUUUGGCUCUGCUGCCAACGGCCCGUUCAACAAGGAGACUCAGAUGGUCCCGAUUAUUGGUCUCGAUAACAGUGACUUGGGACCUUCGAGUGAGAACGAGGCAGAAUUCAAGGCCAGCCUUCUUGGUGGAGAGGGUGCUUUUGCUUCCACUCAGCCUGAGAGGCUCGUCAAGGCUAUCUCCAGAGAGCUUGGUGUUACUGACUACUCCAGCAUCGUCAACUGGGAACUCGAACUCUUCGACACCCAACCCGCCCGCACUGGCGGCUUAGACAAAGAAUUCAUCUUCGCCGGCCGCAUCGAUGACAAGCUCUGUUCCUGGGCCGCCGUACAAGCACUCCUCAACUCUGCGUCCACCCUCUCAAGCUCAUCGCAGAUCCGCAUGGUCGCCCUCUUCGACGACGAAGAAGUCGGGUCCCUCCUCCGCCAGGGUGCCCACGGCAACUUCCUCUCCAGCAUUAUGGAGCGCAUAGCCGAGGAAUUCGCUGCAAACGGCAAAACAAGCAGCGCCCUCAGCCGAACCUACGCAAACUCAUUCCUUGUCUCCAGCGACGUCAUUCACGCUGUGAACCCCAACUUCCUAAACGCUUACCUCGAGAACCACUCCCCCCGCUUGAACGUCGGCCCCGCUGUGUCGGCGGACUCGAAUGCGCACAUGACGACUGAUGCCGUCUCCACGGCUAUCCUGCAGCGCUGUGUCGAUCGCGAUGUGGGUAUCCGCAAGACGGAUCCUAAGCUCCAGGUGUUCCAGAUUAGGAAUGAUAGCCGCAGUGGAGGAACCGUGGGACCGAUGCUCAGUGCUGCAACGGGAAUCAGGGCUAUUGACUGCGGAAUCCCGCAGUUGAGUAUGCACAGUAUCCGCGCGACGACGGGAAGCCUGGAUCCCGGAUUGGGCGUGUUUACUUUCCAGAGCUUUUUGGAGAAUUUCGAGGCUGUUGAUCAGGAGUUCAAGUGA